UCGUUGUCGUUAUCAUCAUCGAUUAUUUCAUCCUCGAGAUCGCUUGCUCUCGAUAACACCGAAACCACGGAUUCACAGAAAAAGUCAAUUGUCAAGAACAAACCGGAUAAACCUUCUGAUCGAAUUGAUCUCGAUGCUAGCAAUGAUUCAUCGCAAAAACUUAUUUACCCAUCGACAACAUUGACCUCGGAGAAGAAUAGUGUAUCCGAAUUGGAAAGCAAAGAUAAAUCGUGUACGAAUCGUGCAGAAGAAGCGACAGUAAUCACCUCAAGAAAGUGCGAAUCGUCGCCGACAAAAGUGCUUCCGAUAUCAAAGAACGACGAAAUGUUAAAACACACAAUGAAAGAAACUCCCGCAAAAGACGAGUCUUUGUUAAACGAAGCAGACAUUUCAGAGACUCCCAGCAGUUCAAAAAUUGGUGUCGAUCAUCUAACCAAUUUGUCUUCAAAAAUUUCGGCGUUCAUCAGCUCGGAGGAUCGAAAAUUACCAAAUUUCAAUCAGCCGUUACCCGUCGAAAAGUCUAGUACGAGAAAGUCGAAACAAAAGCCAACAGUGGUACAUGUACAACGCGUCAAAUCGAAUUCAUUCCUUUCCCUCAAACCAUCUAGCAAACCAUCCAAGAGAUCUCUUCUACAAAAAGAGAAAGCAUCCUCGUCUAUAGAUAAGAAGUUGGUUCUGCAACUAGAAGCGAAACGUCAACGUAUGAUUGCCAAGAUUCGAGAAAUUUCUAAACCCAAUGCAUCUCGUGUUAAAUCUCAACAAGCAUGCAUUCUUUUGAAAAAUAAAAGAAACGUUGGUUCGAAAAUACGAAAUGGUCGAUACAAGUGUGGUCCAAGAAAAGGUGUCCAGUUUAGCGAGAAACAGGCGAAGGAGAGGAGGAAACAAAGAGAAAUGAAUGAAGCCAACAAUAAAAACGAUAGCAGUAACUGUAACAACAAUAAUGUCGAUCGCAACGACGGUAAUAAUUACGCCGACAAUGAUAACGAAGGUGACGGUGACAGUAACACCACUAGCAAUAACGGCAACAGCAAUAAUGGUAGUUUGCGCAACAACAACGAUAACCAGAUGAAAUGUUCGUCCACGAAAGGCGUAUCGAAAACAGAAUUGUGUAAUCCGGGAUAUUUAAAGAAACACUGUCAAGCGAAUUCCAACGGAGACACGAGUGUCACGGAUAAUGUAACUUCAACAUUAAAACCUGUAAAACGCUGUACUGUCGAUACGACCAACAAAUUGAAAAAUAUUCCCGGUAAUGCGAAUAAUAUUGAAAAUAACAUCAAAGAUGAUAUCGGAGUUCCGGAGAAUCAAGGAGAACAUGAAAUUCACGACACGACUCUCGUGGAAAAGAAUGUAAUCGUAGAAAGAAAGGAAACGAUAGAAAAUUCUGACGCAAAGUGCGCUACAAUAGUAAUCGAAGAAAAUAAUGUACAUGUCUCGGAGGAGCGUAUUCUAAACGUAAACAAGUUCAAGAAUGAGAUAGCGAUUGAAGGUAAAAGUAUUUCAGGAGAAACAAAGACCGACUCGUUGAAAAAUGAAAGUAAUUCGAACGAAGAAAAUAUAUGUCCUUCCAAAGAAUACCCGAGUCGCGGUGGUAAAGCAAACGGCAUUUUAAAAUCGAAGGUAGAUCAGGUGAAACGGGAUUUGUUCAGUGACGAAGAAAAUGAUCAGAAAACAUCGAGUUCGUCUAAAUUGCCGAGCAACGAAGAAAACGAUAUAUCCGAUAGCAUUGCGUCGGCGACCUCGAGGAGUCUCAAUUCGGAAAACCCAAAAGGUUUGUCACGCGUACUUCAAUGUUUACAACUCAUUCCUACGUGUAAGAAUGAUCACUCGCCGAUAUUUCCUGAAUUCAGGCGUGAAAACAACCACGAGACAGCGCUUAACGUGAUCAUUCCCAAUUCGGUGGAAUAUCACUUCCACUACGACGAUAACACCCUACAAAAGAAAAGAAGACGCAGAUAUAGCAAUCAAGAGCUGGAAUUCCAGAUCAACAUUGUCUUGAACGAUCAAGGUUGCGAUGAAUGCGUUAAAGUGAUGACUGCUUCCAAUUACGAAGAAAUACUUAAUCUACCCCCAAAAUCGAGGAAACGUUCGGGAAAUAGAAAGUCACCCGUUAAAAAUGAAAAUGUCCCCGAAUCAACCAACAAACCGCAAAUCGCAACGAUAAAUCUCCAUACGAAACCUUUAGCCGCAUCUUCUCCUUUAGACAAAGUCUUAACGUCCAAAGUGAAAAAGGCCACUAAUAAAAUUGUUCACGAGACAAACGAAAAAAACCACGAUGGAGUAUCUAAUAACAAGAAAAAAACAAAACUGGAUAAAAUUCCUGAAAUUGCUCAAGAUAACUCUACCGCGAAAGUUUUUAGAAGGAAAUUACCAGAACCAAAAGAAAGCAAACCGAUCGACAAACGACAAUACACAACGGAUCCACAAACAUUAUUAAGCAAUAUAGACUUGGAUAAAUUUUUAACAUCCGUUCAUGGACCAGCGUGACAGUGAAAUUCAACUAACUAACCAACUAAUCAACUAACCAACCAUGUAUGUAAAAAGUAUUUAAAACACGACGAAAGUGUACAAUGACAUAAAAUGAGCAUUAUUCUUUUUCUUUCC